AUGACCGACCUUCCAAUUAGGGUUAAACUCUCUAGAGAAUACGAUAAUGAAGUACCUGAAUACUUACCUCAUGAUAAAAUAUACCUGAUUCAAGUUGGUUAUAAACUCUUUAGAUUAAGUGGGUUUUCACUCUCGUUUGAUGGACCAUCAUAUUUCACCAGAUUCUUUGAAGUUCCAGAAAAUGCUGAUACAGUUUUGUUUAUAGACAGAAACCCUAAAGUAUUUGAAUAUAUUUACAAUCAUCUUCAAGGGUAUACUUUAAAUGUUGAAAAUGAAUAUAUGUAUAUUCAUUUAUGGUCUGAAAGUUUUUAUUUCAGUUUAACAAGGCUACAAGAUUUUUUAAUUAGAGAUUAUCUCUAUGCCAAUAUAGGAGGGAAAACGUUUAAAAUCUCCAAAUGUCUUUUCGAUCAGAGUAACUUACCAAAUUAUUUCACUUUGAAUUAUGAUACCAUGUUACAGGAGAAAGCCAUUAUCGAAAAAGUUAAAAGUCUUCGACCUCCGCCUCAUGCUCCUCCAAGUAUUGAUACUCGAUCCAGCAAAUUAUUUGAAGAUAUUUUGGAAUUGUUAAAGGGGAAUUAUGGGGUCAUAACCAGUGAUGAACAUCGGGCAUUAUUAAUACGUGAAUGUCGGUAUUAUCGCUUCCUUGGGUUAGAACAACGAAUCUUAAAACAUUCAAUAUUAUUCAAUUCUUUCUUAAAUAAACAUGAAAUUGUUUUAUCUUUGCAUGAUAUUCAAGCUAAGGGCUUAGUAAAUACUUCAUCAGGAAGAAACGAAACAUUAUUGGAGUAUCAACGGCCUUUAAUUAACGAUCAACAACGGAUUUUGAUUAUGCAAAUCAAUUCAAAUGAAGGUUUAAAUGGUAGAAUCACUUUGCAAUUGAAUUUAAGUUUUAAUAUAAUCACCUUGAAAUUGCAAGACAAAAUCGCCCUUAAAUUCUCCCAAGUAUUCAAAAAUUAUUCGGAUUCAAUUGAUAAGGAUAAAGAAUCAAUGUCUUUGAAGGUUCAUUCUCUGAUGAACUUGGUUAUCAAAGAAAUCUGA